GGAGCGGACACUCUUUAGGAAUCACAACUAAACACGGUCACACUUUAAAAAUACUUGAUGUCUUUUUUUUUUUUUCUCGUAACGGCGAAAUGUCGGCGGUUUCGUAUCAUGUUGGGUUUAUAGCCAUUUUCUCUAUGUUACUCAACUAAAACUUUAAUAAUAUGAGUAAGAACAGAUAACGAUGGGUUGCAAUUAUUUUCUGACGGUUGCACUCACUAGACUUGCAAAAGUUUUGAUUCUGGGGAUUUUAGUUUGUUGUCUUCUCGGCAGCCCAGUUAUGUUUGCUGCCAGCAGCGCAGGGUGCCACAGUCACCUGUACAAUUCCAUACGUUCAUAUCUCCAGAAUCAGAACAGAGCACAGCCCAUCGUUGGUCUGAACUCCAUCACAGAGGUGUUGGCAUACAAUCAGCCUGCAUUGUACUUUUGUGAUGUCUGCAUUUUGAGAAUAACCAAAGCUGAUAUCAGGAACCACAUCAUGGGCAGCAUUCACAGAUACAAUUACAUUAAAUCCCAUCAUGCACAUGGGUGGACAUCUGAUACAGACCUGACUCUUUUGGCUCGCCCUCUAAUGGAUAUCGCAAAAAAGGUUGAAAAAAAGGAGGGAACAGGUGAUAUACAGGUUCUGGGUGUGGAUGAAGUCAUCUACAAGGAGAUGACAUCAAUUCCUGUCCCUGAUGCUUUUGCUCAGAUGAAGAAGAUUAAGGAUCAGCGAAACCAUGAUGCACCUAAUUUGCUUGUUCAUAACAGCACAUCAGGUAAAGAAACCAGUGCUCAAGGGCAGCAAGAGUCUGACAAUAUGAAUGGGACUGCACAACCAAAUUUAGGAUGUUUGGUCCCAACACAGUGUGUAUCUACGACACCCUCGAGGUCAAAGUGUUCAAGCGUGAUUGAACCCCAACAAGUCUCCACCAAUCCAACACCAAAUCCAUCUCUCCAUAGAACCGCAGGUCCUGUCAAACCAUUAUUUACAUGCCAGGAUGUAUCUACAACGCAGAGUCUAGUGGAUUCUCAUGUUUCAUCUAGAAUGCCUUUUCUAGAAAGCUCCCCAGCUCCAGUCCUCAGCCAACACAUAAAUCAGCAUCAACCAAUCUCAGGCAGAAGCUUUCAAAGAUAUAUAAUGUCAUCUGAAAACCAGUGUUUUACUGAAGCAAGGACAAUCUCUGUUGUAAGACCACCAAGACAGUGUAUCCCCAUCAGAAUUCUUUGCGAGAAUGACAUUGUGCAUGCUGGUGAAGAUGAUGGGAACAGUUCUGUCCAGUCAUUUGGAGUCCACUAUGAAUCACAUCCACUGCACCUGGCCCAAACCAUUCCAUAUGAAAUCCAGCUACAAACACCAUCUCUUUCAGUGAGCCACAUGGUACCCGAGUCAACCCUGGAUCUAACAAACAGGCAUGGAUUUUUCAGGAAUGAAAGUUCACCUGAUAGUCCAGAGCCUUUCAGAGAUGUGGAGAUCGUUAUCAAGCAGAUCAGAACCCAAAUGCUAACAGAAGCACUGGAAUCGGCUACAACACAUGAUUUAAGUCCGUUCCAUGAUGAGUCUAAUUUACAAGAACCAGUCAACACCGGCUGGGAAGCACAUGAGGAGCCUCAAUCAGACACCUUAACAGAAGAAAACACCUUUGUGUUCUCACAAAGUCCAAUUGUCCAGUCUCCUCUUACUCAAAGUCCUUCUGAUCAGUUUCAGUCAAUAGAAGAUUUUCUAGAAAACUACAAUGGUCGAAAGCCUCUUAUCGGUCUACAAGCUGUUAUUAAGUGCCAGAGUGUGGAUGGGAAUCCACCUCCAUGCUGUUACCUGUGUCAGCUGUGCUCUUUGAAGCUUAAGAAGAAAAAAAUAUUCAGCCAUCUGACUGGCUGUGAUCACCAGCGAAACUACUUAAAAGCUCUCCAUCCACAGCUCUUGCCUAAAAAGCGUAAACACCGCAACACAAAUGACAUGCUUGAGGAUAUUGCUAUCCAGCUGGAGAAAGAGGAUGGAAGAGGACAUAUAAAGGUGAUGAGGUUGUCUGCAUGUCUCAUAAGUGAGGUACUAGAAAAGGAUUAUCAUUGGUGCAUGAAGCUGUUGAACUGUGGAGGCGAUGUGGGGUGGAGGUCAGGUCUGUUGUCUUUCAAGGAAGGAACUAACACCACGGGUCCCGGUCAGACUCUUAAACGGCCGGCAGAGUCUGUGCUGCCCCCUUCUGAUAACAACACCACUGGUCCCAGUCAGACUCUUAAACGUCCAGCAGAGUCUAUGCUGCCCCCUUCUGAUGCACGGGCUUUAAUAGCUCCUGCUGGAGCUCCAACCCAUCAGAUGUCCAAAAAAAUGAAGGGUCAUCCUAAGAAAGUAGUAUGUACAAAUAAAGUUAAGGAGCCUGUGUUUAAGGUAAGCCUGUCACUGCAGGAGGGACCUGUUAUCAUUGAGAGAACAUCUCUAAAAGAGACAACCACAGUGGCGCCUGAGAUUGAAGACCAAAGCCCUGCAACCACAUGCACAGACAAUGAUGCACCUCCUUUAGCGACUAACACACAUUCUGAAGUUCAAAUGUGCUUUGACAGCUGUAUGUAUGAGGAACAGUUCACGAAUCCUGCUCAUUAUGCAUACUCGGGGCAGUUUGACCAGUCUCAGGUUAUUCAAUAUCUCGAACCUUCUCUCAGACCUAGGGACAGUGGUCCAGUGGAUGAGGUGGUCACUGUCACGUAUGCUGAUUGGCCGCUGCAGGACUGGUCCUGCAAUAACAACCAGUGCAUUGUAAUGAGGCAAAACAGGGAUGGAAGUGAUUAUUCUGAGUGUGCAAGUUACAUGCAGUACUGAUGAGAAUGAGUCUUGAAGCAUCAACAAAAAAUAGUGUGAGCACUUUUUUGAGAAGAUGCUGAGAAAUGAUUUAGCAACAGAAUCGGGCCAAACUGGGUUUUUUUUUUUUUCUUCAGUAUUACAAUACUUUUCAGUAUUUUUUUUAAACAGUCAUGUCUCUGAAGCUGGUAAGAGAUGGGUCUGAACCAUUACUGAAUUAUUAAAUUAUUUGUAUUUAGUAAGCUCAAAAAACUUAAAAGGGCUUUACAUAAUACAUAGAUAUUGUUUGUUCUUAUCUGUAGUAAUGCAUAAUAUUACACUGAAUUUGUCAAAACCUAUCCUUUAAUUGUUUUUCUGUUCAGAAUUUAUUGAAAGACAUUAUUUGUUAGUUACUUCCUGCCUUAGCUAUAUAUAUA